CGAUUCCUAUGUCACUAUCAUCCAAAAAGAGUGAAAAAAUAAUAGGGCGUUGGGGUUGGUGCUGUCCCGUGUGGCGCCGAGACCUCAGUCGAUGGCGCCCAACGCAAACUCCGCCUGUCGAACGGCCACCGUAACCUUGGCUCUUGCUGCCAUCUCCGCAACCACUACCAUUUCUUAUUGCUUCUUAAGAAGUAAAUGGAGAGAAAUGGAACUGAAGCUUAGAGAGCUUGAGCUCUCUCUCAGAGCAUCCUUGGAAAAAUGUGCUGCUGAGAGGCAAGGUCGAAUUAGGGCUCAGCAGGCUUUGAGGAAAGCCCUAAUACAACCUAAUUCUGAAAAUUUGGAGCUUACUUCCUAUCCAAUGAUGCCAAUUGGUAUCAUUCAAUCAUGCUUCUCUAACAGGAAUGGGACACCAAGGCAACCAUUACUUGUACCUCUUUCUAGGGCAUGCUUGGUAUUUGAUGCUGCUCAGGUCCCUCCAGCAUCACUUGAGGGUCUUGAAGGAUAUUCUCAUUGCUGGAUUAUAUAUGUAUUUCAUUUAAAUACUGAUCUGGAGAAGCUGUGGAAGCAUCCUGCUAACUCAAAGUUUAAGGCAAAGGUUAGAGUACCUAGAUUGAAAGGGGGAAGGAUGGGAGUCUUCGCUACAAGAUCACCACAUCGACCAUGCCCUAUAGGGCUUACUGUAGCAAAGGUGGAGGCAGUGCAAGGGCGUAUGGUUCUACUUUCUGGUGUGGAUCUGGUUGAUGGCACACCUGUAUUGGAUAUCAAGCCGUAUCUACCAUACUGUGACAGCAUCCAAGGAGCCACAGUUCCCAAGUGGGUGGAGGUUGAUGAUUUCUUAACUGUAGCUUCUGUUAGAUUCUCUGAGGAUUUCUCUCCCACUCUAUCUGAUUGUUGGGUUACAGCAGAGAAGUGGUCUCUCUAUGGAUCGCCUAAUGAGCUUCAAAGCUUGAUCAUUCAGGUUCUUUCCUGGGAUAUACGCUCACUAUCUCAACGAACGUUGCCUCAUAACUCCGUUAAGACAGCGGGAAAUGGUGAAGCAGCCGAUGGAAAUUUAAAUUUGGACAGCCACCAUGAAGAAGAAUUUCCUAACCGUGAAACUGACCAUGGUUUUCAUCUUUCUGGGGACAUUAUUUAUCACCUGGUAUUGGAAGGCAUGGAUAUCUCUUACAGAAUUGAUAGUAAUCGCAACGUCAUUGUCGAGAAAGUUGCCCUUUCAUCCGAAACCCCAAACAAUAUUCAGGACCGCCGCAACUACAUGAUUUGGAAAGACAAACUUUGAUAAUUCUCACGUUUAAUAGAGUGAGAAACAAUUGUCUCUGCCGCGAGUGAAGACUGAGACAGCUGGUGAGUAUGUUUCUUAAAAAUUCAAUUUUUUUCUCA